AUGAACGGCCUUUAUUCAAAACACGCACAACAGCGCCGCCUGCGGUCAGUCCCGCGUCACUACAGGCCGAGGUCACGCGAGGCGAGGCUUUGUCACGUGAUCAGGGCUGAGGCGUCCACUUCCGCGUCCAGGAUCAUCCCCAAAACCUCAAACACACGCUCCAGACGCACAGACCCGAGCGGACCCGAGCGGACCCGAGCCAUGUCUCUGUGGAGCGCGCGCCUCCUCCUGCUGCUGUUUUAUGUGCACCGAGCUGCUCUGGGACAGGAGACUGUGGACGUUACUACAGACAAACCGUCCGUGUUCCUUCGCGCCUCCUCGCGGCCUCUGGUCAGUGCCCCGUCCGUGCUGUGGACUCGAGGGCCAAAUGAGGAGGUCCACCAAAGAGUGUCCGAAGGCGACGACACCCGGGCCCAGAGCUCGCUGUUCAGAGGACGCACGCAGAUGAGGUCAGAUGCCCUGCAGACCGGAGACUUGACUCUGGAGCUGAAGAGCCCCGGCCUCAACGACUCGGGCGUCUACACCUGCGUGGCCAAAGAGGGCACCAGAGAGGUCGCACGUGCCACUGUGGAGCUCCGGGUCAAAGAGCCUCCUCCUUCUCCUUCUCCCGCCGAUAUCACCGGCAUCAUCGUCGGAGUGGUGCUCGGUAGCGCCGCCCUCCUGGUGGGCGUUCUCUCUGCGCUGACGGUCAAAAGAAAGAAGCAAACUAAAGAGAACUUCAAAGACUCGCUCAUCGGACUCGUCACCUGCCGUCCCGCCGCUGUCCUGUAGGGGGCGCCGUGCUCUGCUGCAGUUUAUUUACAGAGAAGACCAUGAACUUUGUGCCUGUGUUUGUUUCCUCUGGACAGGCCCGGUGAUUAUCUGUGUUUGAACGUCCAGCUCUGGUCCAAGGCCUGUGGGAGGGCAUCUGGUUUAAAGGGAGUUUUUUUGGGGGAGUUGUAGUUCCUUUUUUCACUGAAGCACUUUGUGUCUUCUCCCACCAGAGGGCGCCAACACCCUGCAGAAUUUCAUAGGAGGGAAUUUAGGAAAUAAUUUAGACAAUUUUUUUAAGUAACUGGACUAAAAGACGCCAACAAUAAGAAAAUAAUAAUAGGACCAGAAUGUUUUUGUUUUUUUUUUUAUUUAAAGAGGGGGUGUUAUGCAAAAUGUUCUUUUUUUUAACCGUUCUCCCAUGUUCUAAUACUUUUAACACCACAGGAGUCAAAUACUCCCUCUUUAUUUUAUUUUUUUAAACCAAGGAAGUGUUUGAAUAUUUAUUCUGCAUCUGCAAAUUUAAUAGAAAUAAUUUGAUUUUUCUGCACCUGGUCUGGACUAAACCGGGACUAAAAUGGGACUAAAAUGGGACUAAAAUGGGACUAAAAUGGGACUAAAAUGGGACUAAAAUGGGACUAAACCGGGACUAAAAUGGGACUAAACGGGACUAAAAUGGGACUAAACGGGACUAAAAUGGGACUAAACUGGGACUAAACGGGACUAAAAUGGGACUAAACCGGGACUAAAACCAUGUAUUUUCUCAUUGCUUCCUGAGAUGAGUGUUUUUGUUUGUUUUUUUUAAUUUUAAAUGUUGAUUUUAUUUUUUUUUAAUGUCGAUAUUAAAUGUCGACAUGUUGCUGUUGCACUAGAUUUGGCUUUGACUGUGAUUAUCUUCCUCCUCAUCUCCUCCUCGUCUCCUCUCCCCUCCUCUCCUCCUUCCUUGCUUCCUUGUCUCCUUGUGUACAGAGCUUUGUUCUAAACUCUUGUAAUUUGCAUUAAACGUGUCAUUUUUAAACUUG